UGUUUAGGGGGUAAAAAUGUUGUUUUAAUCAAAGACAUCACUUUUAUCGCAUCAUCAUCCGAAGCCCUAGAAUUUACAGGAAAUUCCAAUCCAUCGUUCUCGCCCGACCCAAUCUAAUCCACACCGUCCAUCGACCGAUCUCCCCAAUCAUCGCCGGCGACUCAACCGAAGUCUUCUCACACAUAUCUCCGGCGCGAAAUCGUACGGUACCGCCGUCAAUUAUCUGUCGGCAACAAUCGAACCUGGCUUUCUCUUGAAUGCUGAAUACAGGUAACGGGUGUAUAAAGUUGUGAUCUUGGCUUGAGAUGGAAGGGAGCGAAGAGGGGGUGAUGCAUCAGCAUCCUCAAGUUCAUUACCUGCAGGAGCAUGAUGAUCACCAUCACCAUGGUUUUAUGAACAAUGUGGGUGUGAUGGAGCAUGAUGGUGAUGAUGGUGGUGGUGGGAAUGGAGGGAGCGAAGGAAGUGACUGUAUGGAAGGUGAUGUUGCUACUGCUGAUCCCGGGAAUCUGUCAGAUAAUCAUCAUAGUGCAAUGGUAGUUCAUGGUAGUGGUGAAACUAGUAAUCAGCUGACCCUCUCGUUCCAGGGGCAGGUGUAUGUGUUUGAUUCUGUGUCGCCUGACAAGGUGCAAGCUGUGCUCUUAUUGCUAGGUGGACGCGAGGUCCCUCCAACCACUCCUAUGUCUGUACCAAAUCACAAUUAUAGAGGGGUACCUGCUGUUCCUCAGAAGCUUAACGUUCCACAAAGAAUCGCAUCAUUAAUUAGAUUCAGAGAAAAGCGUAAAGACCGGAAUUAUGAUAAGAAAAUCCGUUACACUGUCAGAAAGGAGGUUGCUCUCAGGAUGCAACGAAACAAAGGCCAGUUUACAUCUUCAAAACCCAAUCAAGAUGAAUCUGCAACUGCUUCAAACUGGGACUCGUCUCAGGGAUGGGCUUCCAAUGGGGGCGGAUCUCAAAUUCAAACUCAAGAGAUUUUCUGCCGGCACUGUGGUAUUAGUGAGAAAUCAACGCCAAUGAUGCGACGUGGACCAGAAGGUCCAAGGACCCUUUGCAAUGCAUGUGGGCUAAUGUGGGCAAAUAAGGGAACUCUGAGAGAUUUGUCAAAAACGCCACCGCCGCCACCACCCCCAGGACAAAGUUCAUCCCUUCAGCAAAGCGAAGAGUUGUGGCAGAAUGGAAAUGUGCAGGGUGCUCAAAUUAUUAUUAAAAGUGGAGAAGAUGGAGACGAGUCACUGUGAUUUUUUUACACUAUUUGUUUAAACUACAAUGACUGUAUGAUAGAAGCCUGUAGUUUAAUCUUUGAACGCCUUGCUCUUACUCCAUACUAUCCUGUCCCAUCAUUUCAUUUACUAGCUUUUGUGGUUUCUUCUGUGUAUCAUAGACAAUGUAAAACAGAUCACUCACUUCAUAGAAAUUCAAGUUAAUUAUCUUUGUAUUUUGAAAUAUCAUUACGAAUUUGGAUCUGAC